AUGUCCACCCCCAGUCAAGAACAACACUUCAUCAAAUCAACAACCCCCACCGAACCAACCAUCCACGCCCUCUUCGAACCAAACACCUCAACAUGGCAAUACAUCGUCGUCGACCCCUCAUCCUCAGAAGGAGUGAUAAUCGACCCAGUCCUCGACUACGACCGCGCAACCCAAACCAUCACGACAAGCAGCGCAGACGGGAUCCUCAAGAUCGUCAAAGAGAAAGGGUACAAGAUCGCCAUGAUCCUCGAAACGCAUAUCCAUGCAGACCAUGUUACUGCGGCGUCGUAUCUGCAGGGCCAACUCGCCCAGUCCCAGUUUCAAGGGUUUCAACCGCCCAUUGGUAUUGGGAAGCGCAUCGAGCAAGUCCAGACUUUGUUUGGCGGGCGCUAUGGGGUUGCUGAAGCCGAGUACAGGGGUAUCUUUGGGAAGUACUUUGAUGAUGACGAGGGGUUUAAGAUUGGAGAGUUGGACGCAUCGGUUCUGCAUCUCCCAGGACAUACGCCGGACCAUGUUGGAUAUCGGAUUGGUGAAAACGUCUUCUGCGGCGACUCCAUCUUCCACGCAGAUAUCGGAACAGCAAGAUGCGACUUCCCAGGGGGAAGCUCAAGCGAUAUGUUCCACUCCGGACGCAAACUAUUAAAUCUAGAAGAUGGCGUCAACAUCUGGACUGGACACGACUAUCCCCCGCAAAACCGCGCGGGUCCGAGUCCGUACAUGCGUGUGCGCGAGCACAGACGGCACAAUAAACACCUGAUGGACGGGACGACGUUAGAGGAGUAUGUGAGAAUGCGAGGCGAGAGGGACGCCACUAUGGCUGAGCCUAAGCUGCUUCAUCCGGCGCUGCAGGUGAAUAUUCGGGCUGGACGGAUGCCGGAGAAAAGGGAUUCGGGGUAUCGGCUUUUGCAUUUGCCGCUGAAGUGGGAGGGUGUGAUAUAG